GUGGUUCCUUCUCAUAAAGAAGUUUUUGAAGAAAUCUUGCUUCAUAUAAAUAAAUAAAAAAAAUGCCGGCAAAUAUAGGAGCGCAAUUACUGCCCAUCAGAAAUUCAUUAAAUCUAAGAUAUAUUGCAUGUGUGACACCCUUUCAAUUUUCUAAUUAUAAUAUGGAACAACGACAGAGAGAGCGUAUGUAUGGAUACAAACUCUACAUCUCUAACAGUACAGAUUUCAGCCUGUUACAAGAGGCUUACUUGUGUUACAAUCAUAAAGGGCCGGAUUUACCCGAUCUUAACGUUACUCAUAAAUGUGUUACGUUUGGUCGAUAUGUAAUUUUCUACAACGAAAGAGUUCCUGGUGUUACGUAUCCAAACAAUCAGAAAGAAACAUACACACAGCUGUGUGAAGUUAUAGUACAAGGUUGUGACAAAGAUGAUGUUCAUGGGAAUCUCUGUAAUAAAAACUGUCCUUCAAACUGCCAAGAGAAAAGAUGUUACAUAACUAACGGAACUUGUGCUGGAUGUACAGACGGUUGGAUUGGUAAAAAGUGCCGUAAUGCUUGUCCAGCUGGAAAAUAUGGAGCUGAAUGCAAGAAUACAUGUACAGAUCAUUGUGGAAAUAAUACUUCUUGCAAUCAUGUGACUGGUCAUUGCGAGGGGUGUCUAUCAGGAUGGAUGGGAUAUGAUUGCAAUGAAAUACGUCCACCUGGCACGUAUGGAGAAGACUGUAGGGGAAGUGUAGUGGAAACUGUAUCAACAACGACACCUGCUUCAACAUCAAUGGAUAUUGUCUUCGAGGUUGCCGUGAUGGAUUUCAAGGAAUUCGCUGCAAUGAACAAAGUGUUGUCGUUAUGGGUGGUUUAG